AUGGGUUCACAGGCGGCUGGGGAGGAGCUGCCGUAUAUCGGCAGCAAAAUUUCUUUAAUUACAACUUCGGAUAUUCGCUAUGAAGGUGUUCUCGAUUCUAUAAACCCGAUCGCUUCUACGGUUUCUCUCCGCUUUGUUCAGUCCUUUGGUACAGAAGGCAGGCCGGUGCCCAUUCAUGUUCCUCCUUCGCCCGAGAUAUACAACUCCGUCGUAUUCUAUGGCAAACAUAUCAAAGACCUUACAGUGUGCAGCGAGCCAGAGGUACCAGCAGCCCCAGUGCCUGCAUACCCACAAGACCCUGCAAUCAUAAGCAUGGAGAUGGGGGGCCCCUCGGGGCCCCCUCAGCGUUCUGGCGGGGCUUCAUCUCUCCUUCGCCCUGGGGUCGGUUCCCCUGUGUCGCAUGUACCGGGCAGGCCCAGCGGGGGCCCCCCUAGUGGGGGCCCCCCCCCUUCUGUGUUUGGGGGCCUCGGGGGGGCCCCCAACGAGAUGGGGGAGUCUUGCUGCCCCCCUGCUGCCCCGUUUUCAGGCAGAGGGGGUGCUGGCGGUGCUCCCCAGCAGCAGCAGCAGCAGCAGCAGCAGCAGACUGAAGAGGAUUUGAGUGGUGUUGCAGCUGGGCCGCAGCAGCAAGACGGUACGCGGGCACCAGCACCACCAACAAGCCUGCGGGGGAGAGGAGGUCGAGGGGGGCGUCAGUCUACCCGCGGCAGAACACAAAGACUAGAAGGAAGAGAAGGAGAAAGAACAGGAAGAAAUGAAGGGAGAUGUACAUACACCGAAACACACAGAGGCAUCGUUGGCGAGCUGCAGAGCAGACCUAAUAUGCAACUUAAAAACCAAGUUGCUGAGGAAUUCGAUUUCGAUGCCAUGAAUAGCAAAUUCGAAAAACCAGUGCAGCACAAGAGCAGCAGCAACAGCAGCAGCAGCAACAGCAGCAGCAGCAGCAGCAGCAGCAGAAUGAAGGAAAAGAAGAUUGCAGAACACGCCGACCAGGCACCAGACAACAAAAUAGAGCUUUAG